UCCAUUCACUGUAUCCUUUCUCUCUCUUUCCCCGACCCCCCUUUUUUUCUCUUCCUUCUCUGCUUCUAUUUUCUUCUCUCUCUUGACAGCAGCUCCCAGAUCUCCCUUCUCCUUUUCUGAUCUCUUUUCACUUAUUUCACGAGCUUUGAUCUUCUGUAUAUUCUUUUCUCUGAUUUAGUCCGAGUCUCGGAUGCUGCGGCGGCCAUGGGAGGAAUACCGCUAUAGUAUAAGAAGCGAUUGAUAUUUUGGAUCAUCUCAAUUUUUUUUUUUUUUCUUUCCAGUGUUAUUUUAGAGUGGGGAAGAGGAGGCAAGGAGUUGGGAUCUGGAGGGAGGAAAGUAAGGAUGUACGGAGAUUGCCAGGUUUUGUCGUCGAUGGGAGCGAACGUCGUCUCCUCCGAUUCGCUCUUCUCAUCGCCGAUCCAAAACCCUAGCUUCGGCUUUAUGAGCAACAUGCCCUUCCACGCCUUAUCCGCUAUAGUCCCGAAGGAGGAGGAGGGGAUGGUGAUGGGACGAGGAGGGAGGAAGGAAGAGGAGAUGGAGAGUGGUUCCGGGAGCGGACACAUAGACGGAGUGAGCUGCAGCGAGGAGCAAGAUAACGAACAGCAGCAGCCGCCGGCGAAGAAGAAGCGCUACCACCGUCACACCGCUCACCAGAUUCAAGAAAUGGAAGCAUUAUUUAAGGAAUGUCCGCAUCCGGACGACAAGCAGCGGCUGAAACUGAGCCACGAACUUGGCCUUAAACCCCGCCAAGUCAAAUUCUGGUUCCAAAACCGCCGGACCCAGAUGAAGGCGCAACAAGAUCGGCAGGACAAUGUGAUACUCCGGGCGGAGAACGAGAGCCUGAAGAACGAGAACUUCCGGCUCCAGGCGGCGAUCCGGAAUGUGGUCUGCCCCAACUGCGGCGGACCGGCCAUCCUCGGCGAGAUGUGCUUCGACGAGCAGCACCUCCGAAUUGAGAACGCCCGCCUCAAGGAGGAGUUGGAACGUCUAUCUUGCAUCACAUCAAGAUAUGGGAGCCGGGCAGCGCAGCCAUUGGGGCCGGCUCCAUCUCUCCUGCCACCGUCUCUGGACCUCCACAUGGGCAUGUACUCGGGGCAUUUCAACGAGCACCCCAUUGUGAGUUGCACCGAUAUAAUCCCCGAGCCUCCAAUCUCUGACGGCCACCAGCCUUUCUCUGGCAUAGUCAUCAUGGACCAUGACAAGCCAUUGGUGCUCGAUCUAGCAAUGACUGCCGCUGAACAACUCCUUAGAAAGUGCCACACCAACGAGCCGCUCUGGGUUCGAAAUGGCAGCAAUGCUAUGGAGGUCCUCGACUUGGAAGAGCACUCGAGGAUGUUUCCGUGGCCUAUGGAUUUGAAGCAACUCCAUGGAGAUUUUGGGACUGAAGCUACCAGGGAUACUGCAUUAGUUAUAAUGAAUAGCAUCACAUUGGUGGAUGCCUUCUUAGAUGCUAACAAAUGGAUGGAACUAUUUCCUUCGCUUGUUUCAAAGGCUAAAACAGUUCAGGUUAUAGCUCCUGGAAUCUCUACCCAUGGCAAUGGAUCCCUUCAUCUGAUGCAAGCAGAGCUGCAAUUCCUUUCUCCCUUGGUGCCUGCACGGGAGGCUUACUUCUUCCGGUAUUGCCAACAGAAUUCAGAGGAGGGGACAUGGAUGAUUGUUGACUUCCCUGUCGAUGGAUUCCAUGAUGGCCUUGAUACGUCCUUCCCUCGGUACAGGAGAAGGCCCUCCGGCUGCGUCAUUCAAGAUAUGCCCAAUGGGUACUCUCGGGUGAUAUGGAUAGAACAUGUGGAGGUGGAGAAUAAGCCAUUGCAUCAGGUUUUCAAUCAAUUUGUCAGCAGUGGGAUGGCAUUUGGAGCAACACGCUGGGUCUCAAUCUUGCAGCGACAAUGUGAGCGGCUCGCAAGCCUUAUGGCAAAAAACAUCUCUGAUCUUGGAGUUAUUCCCUCCCCGGAGGCAAGAAAGAAUAUGAUGAAGCUGUCACAAAGAAUGAUAAGAACCUUCUGUGCUAGCAUCAGUGCCUCUGAAGUCCAAUCCUGGACAGCGCUGUCUGAUUCUUCUGAUGACACAAUUAGGGUGACCACUAGGAAGAACACAGAACCGGGCCAACCAAAUGGAGUAAUUCUUAGUGCAGUUUCCACAACGUGGCUUCCAUUUCCACAUCAACAAGUCUUUGAACUUUUGACGGAUGAGCGGUGCAGGUGUCAGCUUGAGGCUCUUUCCAAUGGAAACUCAUUCCAUGAGGUGGCUCACAUUGCAAAUGGCUCACAUCCAAGAAAUUGUGUCUCUCUUCUGCGCAUAAAUGCUGCAAGCAACUCAUCUCAGAACGUGGAGCUCCUGCUGCAAGAAAGCAGCACGCAUCCUUCCGGCGGCAGUCUUGUGGUGUACGCCACCGUCGAUGUCGAUGCUGUCCAAGUUGCGAUGAGCGGCGAGGACUCAUCCUUCAUCCCCCUCCUCCCCACCGGCUUCAUCAUCUCCCCCGCCGACCCACCCACCUUUUCCGGUGUCACCGAUGCGUUCCCCUCUCCUUCCACUGACGUCGAUGGCACCGCCACCAGCUGCGGUGGCGAUGGGUCUGCCACCGGAUGCCUCCUUACGGUCGCCAUGCAGGUGCUGGCGAGCGCGGUCCCGUCUGCGAAGCUUCAGCUGUCGAGCGUCACCGCCAUCAACAAUCAUCUCUGCAGUGCUGUGCAGCAGAUCAGCACCGCUCUCGGUGAGGCCGAGCCCGUCAUCGCCUCGCUGUAGCAAUAGUUAUAAGAAGGAUUAAAUUGGCUCGAAUCACCUGAUCCCUGCCGUUCCGCGCUUUAAAUUGCCAAUAUAUGCCCUUUAGUUCUUUUUGCUGAUCACAAAAGCUUAGCAUUUUAGUGAUAUUUCUUCCUUUUUUCUUUGGUUGGGUGGGGCCGGUGUGGGGUUCAGGGACAAGGGAGGCUUUGACAAAACCCCUAACUGGAGCAAUUCUGGUCAGUUUGGCAUAUUUUCUUAUUAAUUAAGACUCGUGGGUUUUGUCAAAUCUUCGCUUGUGGACUUUAAAUAUAUUCUAGUUAUUUCAGAAGGGCAUUCUGGUCUUUAGAGUGUGGCACGGAAGGGCUUGGGUGAUCACCAGCUUAGGGCAGGAAAUAGAACUUCCAUGAGAACAAUGAAUGUAGCAGUCUAUGUAAUAAGAAGAGACACGACCAGAAGCUUAGAAGUUUCAGUUGGGAUACAGAGAGUGGUAGAAGAGGAGAGGUGGUGGAGCCAGGGGAGUCAAGAGCGCACCAGCCGUGACCCUUUCUCUCUGGUGAGGUCCAAGACUUUAAUUGUGUGGUCUGGUCUCACCGGGGAAGGAGGGUGUUGGUUCGGGAAUUGACUUCUUUUGCUUGACAGCCUCUGUAGGCUGUAGCUUACCUUUUAGUUUGGUUUGCUGUUAACUAUUUUGGCUGGUUCCAAGUUGCUUCAUUCAUGUCGAGCUGGAUUGGUAGUUGGAUUUUUCUGGAAUUAUUAUGACCAUUUAUGUUGGGACUUUAAUGAUUUCCCCUAUUUCCUUUCCUCUUCUCGGUUUUUGUAAUGAGAGGACCUGCUGCCCGGGGAAAGAAUCGAUAGCCUGGUUUGGUUCCGGAUAGAAUCAUAUGGAAUACUGAUUGCACGGGACACGGCAACAUCUCUCCCUCUCCCUCCUUCUGUGUGUAUGCGUGCGCGUAUUGGCUCGGAGGAGGGAAGGGACCAGUGUACGCUGGUGGAUGGCGCUGAAGGGGAGAUGGUGAAGAUGGAAGCAGAAGAAGUUUCUAAGUUAGCGUAAAUUUUGAUUUAAUUAUAUGUUGGAUUCAUAUACAUGCUCAUAUAUAGUUGAUCUCAUAUUAUCAUAGUGAUUUAUGUAUUGAUUUAUGAAUUUUUGUAGGAUGUGGUAGUCUCACACAUAAGAGGCUUUAUGUACUAAGAAAAUAGAAAAAAAGAAUUCUAAA